AUGGCUCGACCUGUGGAUAUUGGCUAUGAGAUGCCGGAACGAUAUGGAGGCAAGGAAGUGGCGUGGAAAGAGGAAGGCGUCAUACCUCUGGCCGGCAACAAUAACACAUGGGUUCCUCCUACCGUACAAGAAAGGAGGGUGUGCGGGGUAGUCCGAUGGGCGUUCUGGGCUGUAUUUUCGUGUAUAUGUUUCUUGAUUAUAGGAGGUGCUAUAAGAGGGGUCAUUGCUGGGGUUAGUUCAUCAAAAAAGUCUUCGAGCAGUGAUUCAGCUUCGGGCUCCGCUAUCUCGGGCCUAGCUGCCACAACAUCUUACUCAACCUCAGUGAGCUCUUCUACCAGCACAUCGACCCUCAGUAACGGCGAUGUGAUCCUGAUCACUUCAGUAUACACUGCAAUACAGACUAUCAAGCCUCAAACGACUACGAGCUUACAGGCUACGUCAACGACAAAAAUUUCUACUACAUCUUCUGCAUCGACUUCUGCAAAUGCAGCUACUUCGUCCCAAAAUGCCACUUCCGUCACCACGACAUUUUCUCCAGGAUCGGUGACCUCAAUGAGUACAGCAGCAGCAGCCUCGAAAUCUACACAAUCUUCUUCGACAGAUAUAUAUCCACUCGAUUGCCCGGCUAUAAACGGAAACACAGUUUCAACAACAGCUGGCACCGAAUCCUCAAGCUACACAAUCUCCUGCAACACAGACUACACCUCCCCUUCCAUCAGCACCGUAACCGCGACCUCGAUACUCGAAUGCUUCAACGCCUGCGCCCAAUACACGAACCUACAAACGACCACCUGCCGCGCCGCAACCUUCAACGCCAAGCUAGCGACGGGCAACUGUUUUCUGCGCAGCGAUGUCACCUCGUCGUUUUCUACUGGGAGCGAUAACUCGGUUGCUGUGGCGGUCUUGGUGCAGGGUGGUGUUUCGAAGGGACGAAAAAGGUGGUUUCAUGGCGUUGUUUCUGCUGAGUGA